CGAGUCCUAGAUAGCGUCCUAUAAGAAGCACAGCACGUGGUCAGCAGGUUCAAAGUCGCUCACUUAGGACACCUUAUUGUCUACGUGAGUUGCACCUGCCGACUGACUCGCCGGUAUAUUCUGUGUUGGACGGCAUUUCCAGGAACCACAGAAAAUGAGAGAAGUCAUCAGCAUCCACAUCGGUCAGGCUGGAGUACAGAUCGGCAACUCCUGCUGGGAAUUAUACUGUCUGGAGCAUGGCAUUCAGAAUGACGGUCGGAUGCCCUCGGACAAGCCCAUUGGGGGUGGGGAUGAUUCCUUCAAUACCUUCUUCAGCGAGACUGGGUCUGGGAAACACGUCCCAAGGGCCGUCUUUGUCGACCUUGAACCAACAGUAAUUGACGAAAUACGAACAGGCCCGUACCGUCAGCUCUUCCACCCAGAACAGCUGAUAACAGGCAAGGAGGACGCCGCCAACAACUACGCCCGAGGUCACUACACCAUCGGCAAGGAGAUCGUCGACGGUGUGAUGGACAGAAUUGGGAAGCUGGCUGAUCAAUGUAGUGGACUCCAGGGUUUCCUCAUCUUCCACAGCUUCGGUGGCGGCACUGGCUCCGGCUUCACCUCUCUGUUGAUGGAGAGACUGUCCGUUGACUACGGCAAGAAGUCCAAGCUUGAGUUCUCCGUGUAUCCCGCUCCCCAGGUGUCCACGUCCGUGGUCGAACCCUAUAACUCCGUACUGACCACACACAACACACUGGAACACUCGGACUGUUCCUUCCUGGUCGACAACGAGGCUAUCUAUGACAUCUGUCGACGUAACCUCGACAUUGAUUAUCCUUCCUACACUAACCUGAAUCGUCUGAUCAGCCAGAUCGUCAGUUCAAUCACAGCCUCUCUCCGAUUUGACGGCUGUUUAAACGUGGAUCUUAACGAGUUCCAGACCAACUUAGUCCCUUACCCGCGCAUCCACUUUCCCCUGAGCACGUACGCUCCGAUUGUGUCAGCAGAGAAGGCUUUCAGAGAGUCAAUGACAGUUUCUGAAAUCACAACUGCCUGUUUCGAGCCCGUCAACCAGAUGGUAAAGUGCGACCCUCGUCACGGCAAGUACAUGGCCUGUUGCAUGCUAUAUCGUGGUGAUGUCGUCCCCAAAGACGUCACCGCAGCCAUUGCCAACAUCAAGACCAAGAGAAGCAUCCAGUUCGUUGACUGGUGUCCCACCGGGUUCAAGGUCGGCAUCAACUACCAACCACCAACAAUUGUUCCUGGGGAUGACCUCGCCAAGGUCCAGAGAGCUGUCUGCAUGUUGAGCAACACUACCGCCAUCGCCGAGGCCUGGGCUCGUCUCGACCACAAGUUUGAUUUGAUGUACUCCAGGAGGGCGUUCGUCCACUGGUAUGUCGGAGAGGGUAUGGAGGAGGGGGAGUUCGCUGAAGCUCGGGAGGAUCUGGCAGCGUUGGAAAAGGACUAUGAGGAAGUGGGAGCGGACAACGCCGAUACGAUGGGGGACGACUAUGACCAAUCAGAGUACUGAGAGGGACAUGUGCAAUACCACUCACGCAUUAUCAACAAUACAUCAUAGUGUAUUAUAGUGCUUAGGGGUAGAAUACAUCUAUAGUAAGACGAAAACCAGACUGCAUGGGGCUGACUAGUGAUUUUUCAACAACUAAAUCCAACUGUCAGCUAUGACUGUUGUUAUAUUCACGUGUGUGUUUUGUAGUGUUGGGGUUACGCUAUCUGGUACUCCAGUCAGGGUCAUACAAGUAGUGCCAUGCCAGAUAUUAGAGUGACCAUUUAUUGAUUAUUGAACUGUAUUGUAAAAGAUACUUUGGUAUUGUUUGACCCCUUUCCAAAACUUGGAAUUACGGUAUUUCUUGACCCUUGUGGUUAUUAAAAGUGUCGCUCUGUCGUGCCAAAGUCCUAGGUUCGAUUCCCGACAUGGUGUCCCCUGCCGUGAUAUCCCUCGGCAGCAGAAGAAGCAUUGUAUUUAGAUUUUAUUUUGUUUAAGAUCCACCUGUCACUCGACGGCCGGUUUUACAAUGAAACCAAAUAAUUAUUUCGAGCUAACAAACGUUCCUUGAGAUAGAGGGGCAAAUAUAAUGCAUAGGUGACUCCAUUUCGCUAACUUGAAAUACAGCGACAUUUUGUGAACUCGAGCUCCAUUAUGUCGUCAAGAUUAUGUAACAUUAUGGUCACUGUAGAGCCUUUAUCGACAGCAGUUGUAUAUCAGCACCACGGUAACCUCGAAUAUGACAAUACAACGAGUUUGACAUAACAUGAGGCUAUAUUCCCAUACCUGACUCGACAUUGUUAUAUCUUACCAUCCAUCCAGCAUUAAUGCGACUUAGAUGUAGUCCCCAGCGUUCCGUGUCCUGAUAAAAAAAAAAGAGAGCUGAGUUGAUAAAUAUUAUCCUUUUAUGGAAAUAUUUUAUAUGUUCAUGCAAGAACCAAAGGUACAUUUGUGACACAGGUUGCCCUGUCGUCACAGGCGCCGCACUUCGCUGUGGUAUAUGCCUACAACCGGUUCCACUUUGGUUUUAACGUCGUCAUACAACUGAAGUACUCUUGAAGGUGGCGUCAAUUCAAACUCACUCAGGCAGUCACCCAAAGGUUAACUAACGUCCGCCAUAUAUAUCACACAUUUGUACAUAACGAUAUAUGCGUGUUUUCUGCUUACAUUUAAAAUCAACUGCACACAAAACGAUUUCGUUCAAUAGAGUUUUCUUUAAUUCCUUAAAUUUGCUCUGGAGGAUAUGGAAUAAAGCAUCAUAUGUACAUGGCUUUGAAUUGAACUUUCGCUCUUUUACAAUUUGUAGUAUUAUUACGUAUAAACAUAUUUUAGUUAUGUUUUUUUAAACUAUUGAGAUUUUUUUUAUGAAUUUGAGAUGAAUGAUACAAAUUUUAACAUUGAUUACAUUUUAGGAUAUCGCAUGAAGCUGAUUAAGUUUUUAAAAAAUGAACAUAUUUUCAUUAAACGUGAUGAGCGUUCUUUCAAAACCGGAUAUAUAUCCACGAACACAUAUUGUGAAUUAAAAUGAUGGUUUUGAUGAUUAUAUUUCUGAAUAAAUCAAGUUAACAAA